GAAACUCGUUAGAACUCUAUCUAUUCACUAUCUUCUUCUAAACUUAAGAAAAGAGUAAUAUAAACACUUAAUUAAUUAAAUGAUUUAUUUAUCCAAAAAAAGUUACAACGGCUCUUACCCCCCUGGCUAGGGCGUUUUGUCCCCACUCACUCCGUUCGGAAUCACUUUCUCGCCAUUUAUUAUGUCGGUAAAAUGAGUCCUACCUAAAUCCCAAAAAUACCCCUCUAACGUUCACUUUUGAUCUCGUCUUCAUUGAUAUAGCCAAACCCUAUUUUCGUCUUCAUUCUUCUUCUUCUUCUUCUUCUUCUUCCAGUGCAUUCUGCAACACUCAAUGCCGAACAUCGCAUUUUGAAAUUUCCACAACACCAUGUUCGAUGUACUACUUGGAAGAAGCUUCGCCGCUAAAUGUAAAUCAUUGAUCAAAUUAACCAAGAAUAGGAUUGAAGUAAUUAGGAGAAAGAGAAGAGCUACAGAGAAGUUUCUCAAAAAAGAUAUCGCUGAUCUUCUCCACAGCGGUCUAGAUAUCAAUGCCUACGGAAGGGCUGAAGGACUUUUGGUUGAGUUAAUUCUAUCAUCUUGUUAUGGUUUUGUGGAGAAAUCAUGCGAGCUCGUGUUGAAGCAUCUCACAGUUAUGCAGAAGUUAAGUGGCUGUCCUGAGGAAUGUAGGGUGGCAGUAUCAUCUUUGAUGUUUGCUGCUGCAAGAUUUUCCGAUUUACCAGAGUUACGGGACCUUAGGCAAAUAUUUCAGGAGAGAUAUGGGAGUUCCAUAGAGUGUUUUGUCAAUCAAGAGUUUGCUGCAAAUUUGGAUUCGAAGUCUUCUACAUUAGAGAAGAAAGUCUGCUUGAUGCAGGAAAUUGCAUCCGAGUUUUCAAUAAACUGGGACUCCAAGGCUUUCAAACUAAGGAUGUCAAGACCCUCUGCAUUUGCACAGGACCAGAGUGUCAGUAUGCGUAACAAUUUGUUUGAUUAUGAUAAAUCAUCACUUGGCAAGGACUUUAACCGGAAAGAGAUAAAUAAUGAUGUUUUAUUGGAAAAUGGCAAGGAAGCUGUUAUCCUAAACAGAGAUUAUCACGAUCUUCAGCAUAAAUCCACAGUCCCUAUAAAUGGAUUCAAGCCACUAAAUGAUUGUGAAGUCCUUGGGGAUAAGAAUGGUCGUGAUAAUGAAUUAACAGGAAAUCAAGAUGUUACUGCUACAAAGAGUGAUAAAAGCUAUUGGAAGGAGGAGGGUAGUAUGCUAAAACCAAUUGGACGUUCAUUACAGGAGAAAACAUUGGAACAAUUUGAAGAUGGUUUGAAGCAGCAUGGCAGUUUGGGGAAUACGACCCCUCGAACAAAUAUCCAGGAAACUACAACUUCUACUCGAAUAGGAUCGCGUUUCAGGAGUAACGUGAAGGAGCCAUCUGUUGUUAAUCUUCUUGGCCCGUCUGAUACCGAUAAACCUGAGAGAAAAGUUCAAAAUGAUAAAACUCCUAUGCUAAAGCCUUGCUAUAGUAAUGUCAUUCCACCUCCAUAUGUUAAGCAUAUUUCUAAGCAUCAGAACGGAACACGUGGAGUCAAUAUAGUAUCUUCACAUACCGACAGUGAUGGCUUCUUUACGUGUCCUUCAGUUCAUGAAAACUCUGAUGCCGCUUCUAUGUCGGAAAGGAUCCAAAUUGGUUUGAAUAAAUCUGACCGGGAUCGGCAGGCCAGUAGACAUGAAAGACUGAGCAAACAGAGUCCUAAAAAAGAAUUCUAUUUUCACGAAGAACCUACAGAAAUCUCUAUGGUAAAACGAAAAUCUACUAGGAGAAAGCACUUGAGAUCAAGAUCGAGUCACUAUGAUGUCCCUAAUGUAGAUACUGAACUUGUGAAAAAAACACGGAGCAGAAGUAAGAGACGAGUUGAAUCAAGACGUGGUCAGCAAAAUUUGUUUGAUGAUGAGCAGCAUCAAAAUGCUGAAGAAGAAAGGGUAAUAGAUAAAUUACUGAUUCAUUAUAGCAAAAAACCAUCUAUUCUAAAGCCUGAAAUAGUAAGAAAAAAGUCAAGCAGUCGCCAUGAUCGUAAAAUGGAUAAUUCAAGGCGGGAACUACUGCAGAAUGGAAGUGGAGAUGGAUCUGGUGAGACACCAGAGAUAGUUACUCUUGCCCUGCGAUCAGUUUCCCUUCCUCGCGAACAAACGAGAGUAGUAGAAGCUAAGAAAGAUUUUGUUCGUGCUUCUUCAUUUCAGCCAGAUAGAUCGUAUGAAGCUCGACAUGUGCAUCCCAAGUUACCUGAUUAUGAUGACUUAGCAACUAGGCUUGCUGCCUUGAGAGGAAGCUAAGGUAAAGGACAGAACAGUGAGUAAUUGCUCUCCCUCAUCAGCAUGAUUGCAUUUAUUAUGAUUCUCACACAUAAAUCUAUUCUACACCUGGUGGUUCUGUUAUUGCAAACUGCUACUUCCUUGGAUAUGUACUAAGAGAUCAUAGGGUGCUCCUAUCUGUGCCGGUUGACACUCUGCCACUACUCUAGGAUACAAGCAAUAUCUAUUCAAUUUUUUCCUUCCAUGAUUGUAAAAGUAGCUGUAAGUUGUAACAAAAGUUGACGUUUUUCCUACUUUCUUUGGGUUGAGGCUGAAAGGAUAUUGGCAUGGGCGCUAUUGUUUCAUAUCUUUUGCUCAUCCUGUAUCCUCUUCUCUUCCUCCCUUUGUACAAUGUUAUUAGGUUAGGGCAUUUAAACAUAUAUUAUUUUAUAGUUGGAUAAUUUGUACAAGUAAUGCCAUAAUGCUGUUUGAUUGGCCUUGAGAUGCCUGCAUUGCUGAAAAAGGUGAUGCCCAAGUGAUUUCUACCCUGGUUUAAUCUACAAUGUAGACUUCCACACCUAAGUGUUAUAUGAUCCACCUAACCUC